AUGCAGCUGUGGAGGACACAUGCAGCUGUGGAGGACACAUACAGCUGUGGAGGACACAUACAGCUGUGGAGGACACAUGCAGCUGUGGAGGACACAUGCAGCUGUGGAGGACACAUACAGCUGUGGAGGACACAUACAGCUGUGGAGGACACAUACAGCUGUGGAGGACACAUGCAGCUGUGGAGGACACAUGCAGCUGUGGAGGACACAUGCAGCUGUGGAGGACACAUACAGCUGUGGAGGACACAUACAGCUGUGGAGGACACAUGCAGCUGUGGAGGACACAUGCAGCUGUGGAGGACACAUACAGCUGUGGAGGACACAUACAGCUGUGGAGGACACAUGCAGCUGUGGAGGACACAUGCAGCUGUGGAGGACACAUGCAGCUGUGGAGGACACACGGAGAAGGUCAGGAGGAGGAGGAGAGUGAACCAGAGUCAGCAGAGAGGAGGUCAGGAGGAGGAGGAGAGUGAACCGGAGUCAGCAGAGAGGAGAGUCAGCAGAGAGGAGGUCAGGAGGAGGAGGAGAGUGAACCGGAGUCAGCAGAGAGGAGGUCAGGAGGAGGAGGAGGAGAGUGAACCGGAGUCAGAAGAGAGGAGAAGGUCAGGAGGAGGAGGAGGAGAGAGAACCAGAGUCAGCAGAGAGGAGAAGGUCAGGAGGAGGAGGAGGAGAGAGAACCAGAGUCAGCAGAGAGGAGAAGGUCAGGAGGAGGAGGAGAGUGAACCAGAGUCAGCAGAGAGGAGAAGAGUCAGCAGAGAGGAGAAGGUCAGCAGGAGGAGAGUGAACCCCUGUCCUCACCCCCUCCAUCAACCACACCCCCUGUCCUCACCCCCUCCAUCAACCACACCCCCCUGUCCUCACCCCCUCCAUCAACCACACCCCCGUCCUCACCCCCCUCCAUCAACCACACCCCCUGUCCUCACCCCCUCCAUCAACCACACCCCCCUGUCCUCACCCCCUCCAUCAACCACACCCCCCUGUCCUCACCCCCCUCCAUCAACCACACCCCCUCCUCACCCCCUCCAUCAACCACACCCCCUCCUCACCCCUCCAUCAACCACCCCCUGUCCUCACCCCCUCCAUCAACCACACCCCCCUGUCCUCACCCCCUCCAUCAACCACACCCCCUGUCCUCACCCCCUCCAUCAACCACACCCCCUGUCCUCACCCCCUCCAUCAACCACACCCCCCUGUCCUCACCCCCUCCAUCACCACACCCCCGUCCUCACCCCCUCCAUCAACCACACCCCCCUGUCCUCACCCCCUCCAUCAACCACACCCCCCUGUCCUCACCCCCUCCAUCAACCACACCCCCCUGUCCUCACCCCCCCUAACCACAACCACCCCCCCCGUCCUCACCCCCUCCAUCAACCACACCCCCCUGUCCUCACCCCCUCCAUCAACCACACCCCCCUGUCCUCACCCCCUCCAUCAACCACACCCCCCUGUCCUCACCCCCUCCAUCAACCACACCCCCGUCCUCACCCCCUCCAUCAACCACACCCCCUGUCCUCACCCCCUCCAUCAACCACACCCCCCUGUCCUCACCCCCUCCAUCAACCACACCCCCUGUCCUCACCCCCUCCAUCAACCACACCCCCCUGUCCUCACCCCCCUCCAUCAACCACACCCCCCUGUCCUCACCCCCUCCAUCAACCACACCCCCCUGUCCUCACCCCCUCCAUCAACCACACCCCCCUGUCCUCACCCCCUCCAUCAACCACACCCCCCUGUCCUCACCCCCUCCAUCAACCACACCCCCUGUCCUCACCCCCUCCAUCAACCACACCCCCCUGUCCUCACCCCCUCCAUCAACCACACCCCCCUGUCCUCACCCCCUCCAUCAACCACACCCCCCUGUCCUCACCCCCUCCAUCAACCACACCCCCCUGUCCUCACCCCCUCCAUCAACCACACCCCCUGUCCUCACCCCCUCCAUCAACCACACCCCCCUGUCCUCACCCCCUCCAUCAACCACACCCCCCUGUCCUCACCCCCUCCAUCAACCACACCCCCUGUCCUCACCCCCUCCAUCAACCACACCCCCUGUCCUCACCCCCUCCAUCAACCACACCCCCCUGUCCUCACCCCCUCCAUCAACCACACCCCCGUCCUCACCCCCUCCAUCAACCACACCCCCUGUCCUCACCCCCUCCAUCAACCACACCCCCCCUGUCCUCACCCCCUCCAUCAACCACACCCCCGUCCUCACCCCCUCCAUCAACCACACCCCCUGUCCUCACCCCCCUCCAUCAACCACACCCCCCUGUCCUCACCCCCUCCAUCAACCACACCCCCCUGUCCUCACCCCCUCCAUCAACCACACCCCCCUGUCCUCACCCCCCUCCAUCAACCACACCCCCCUGUCCUCACCCCCUCCAUCAACCACACCCCCCUGUCCUCACCCCCUCCAUCAACCACACCCCCCUGUCCUCACCCCCUCCAUCAACCACACCCCCCUGUCCUCACCCCCUCCAUCAACCACACCCCCCUGUCCUCACCCCCUCCAUCAACCACACCCCCCUGUCCUCACCCCCUCCAUCAACCACACCCCCCUGUCCUCACCCCCUCCAUCAACCACACCCCCCUGUCCUCACCCCCUCCAUCAACCACACCCCCCUGUCCUCACCCCCUCCAUCAACCACACCCCCUGUCCUCACCCCUCCAUCAACCCACCCCCCUCCUCACCCCCUCCAUCAACCACACCCCCCUGUCCUCACCCCCUCCAUCAACCACACCCCUCCCACCCCCAUCACCACACCCCCUGUCCUCACCCCCUCCAUCAACCACACCCCCCUGUCCUCACCCCCUCCAUCAAACCACACCCCCCUCCUCACCCCCUCCAUCAACCACACCCCCCUGUCCUCACCCCCUCCAUCAACCACACCCCCCUGUCCUCACCCCCUCCAUCAACCACACCCCCCUGUCCUCACCCCCUCCAUCAACCACACCCCCUGUCCUCACCCCCUCCAUCAACCACACCCCCCUGUCCUCACCCCCUCCAUCAACCACACCCCCUCACCCCCUCCAUAA